CUCACCUGCUUCUCCCUCGGGUCUGAACCCUUUGGAGGCGGAGAUUGGACGUGUGGACUGAUCAACUUUGCGAGUCUUAUCAGUAAAGGCGCGAGGCGCCGUGCGCUUAUAUAUUUAUAUAUAUAUUUUAUUAAUGCGCGCGCUCUGUCCGUUGGCGCAGCUCGAGCUCCGUGUGUACGGUACGUUAUGAUCGUGUGUUCUUAAUUGUAAUGUAAGGAUAUAUCUCUUUGUAUUUGAUCUGCUGCAUGUUUUGUGGCUUUUUUUCUUCUUUUUUUUCGAGCUUGGAUUUUUUCUCGGACAAUUUCUCUUAAGAAGACGAUGACCAGAUUAGACCAAAAACAGACAUGAAUUUUUCAAGCAUUUAUGCCAAAUUUGGACACCUUCUCCCGACUAACUUUUCCUUCCUGGGACAGGAUCACAAUGGGAGUAUUCCUCAUGAUUCAGUGCCCUUUGCUGCAGACUUUCUUUUUGCAGGACACGAACCUGUCACAAUUGCGCUGAUGGUCAUGUAUUUGGUUUCCUUUCUGACAGGAUUUGUGGGGAACAUCAUGGUACUUUUGGUCCUGGGUCGAAGAAGGAACAGACUAGCUGGUGCUUCCACUACCAGAAAGCUGCUGAUAAACUUGGCUGUGUGUGACAUGAUGGUGGUGUGUGUGUGCAUGCCUGUCAACUUGGGUCACCAGGUGUACAAUGCUUGGGUGUUUGGGGACUUGUUGUGUCGUGCCGUGCCGUUCGUCCAGGCUGUGUCUGUGUCAGCGAGUGUCAUGAGCCUGGCUGUCAUAAGCUUGAACCGGUACUACAAUGUUCACAGCCCACUACGUGCACGAUCUUUCUUUACUGGUAGGAAGAUUGGUGCGAUGAUAGCCAUGGUGUGGACCGUGUCCUCCGGCCUGUGUGUUCCGUUGGUCUUCAUGAAUGAAACCAAGAUGCUUUCCUUGACGAUGGACGGCUCACACGUGUUAACCGUGUGUGUUGAGGCCUGGUCUAAAGCACGACUGCGCUUGGGCUACAAUUUUUUACUUUUCUGCACCCUUUAUUGCUUUCCGGUCCUCUUCAACCUCAUCAUAUGUUGUCUCACUACCUGGAAGCUUUGGAGAGCAGAUGACCAAUUUAGCAAAGCUGACCUGUCAAGCUCAAUCCGGUCAGAAGUCCGGCUGAAGUCACGCAAAAAAAUAGCCAAGAUGGUACUAGCCCUGGUGGUGCUUUUUACGCUCUCCUGGCUUCCCCUGUAUGUACUGGAUAUCUGGAUUGACUUCAAUAUGCCAGGUAUGCUGGACAGAGAAGUUUCUGGGCACGUUGAGCACAGCUGGGUGCUGCAGAGCCGACCUUUUGCGCAGUGGCUUGGCCUCACUAACUCAGCGCUCAAUCCUCUUUGCUACUGCUUUGUGGGAGAUCUGUACAGGUCUGCAAAAAGGUUUAGGAAGAGUUACAGAGAGAAGAUGGCCUCAGUUUUUAAUGUGUCUCUGAGACAGUCAUCCUCCAUGGACUCUGGAUUCAAACUUCAGUCCUGUGCCUCAUCCACAAAAUACAGCACUGGAAAGCAGAGAUGGACAGGCUGCUACAUUUUCAGUACCAGAUUAAACAGAAGCAAAAGCAUGUCUGGUAUAAGUGUGUGUGAGACUGGAUUUGGUUGAUGGAUACAUGCACAGUCUUCAGUACUCAAUUAACAAUGACAGUAUUAAUUUCUCUUAAACAGCACUGUAUUUACUGUAUAUAAACACUAAAACAUUGAGGUAUGCAUACGGCUGCACAGAAUUAUUUAUUCAACUGUUACUGCAGUGUUUUUUUUUCUGCAAUGUACAAACAAGUGCUCUAACAAACCGUAAUUCCAGAAAAAAUAGACUGUUGUAAUUUUUUGAUGAACCCUUUUUUUAAAAAGCUAUUAAAAAUGCCAGUAGAAGCUCUAGCUCAUUACUGUUCAUUUGACUUAAUAUAAAACAUAUCACGUUAUAUUUUGAUGCACAUGGUCAUUUGUAAAGAGGUCAUAUCAA